CACCCCUACAGCAAGCAGGCGUCACGAGCCCUGAGGGCGCCGAGAAGCAGCGUAACAGGUGCACUGAAGUAAAGCGGAGAGAAGUGGAGUGACCUAACAACGCCGAGAUACUUACCACACAGUCCUUCCACUUCCUCCUCUUCUUCUUCUUUUUAAAUGUAGCGCUAAUCUGAAUGUCAUUUUAACAUUUUAACAACACAAACCCAUGAGUGAAAUCAGUGCCGCGUGACUGAGCGCUGUUGCUAUGGCGCUGUCGGAGCUGUACACUAAGUAUAACAGAGUUUGGGUGCCGGACGCAGAGCAGGUGUGGAAGUCAGCUGAGCUCCUGAGAGACUACACACCUGGAGAUCCAGCUCUACACCUGCAGCUGGAGGAUGGAGCUGUGAUCCAGUACCCAGUGGAAGUGGAUGGUCAGUUACCUCCCCUCCGUAACCCAGACAUCCUGGUGGGAGAGAAUGACCUAACCGCUCUGAGCUAUCUCCAUGAACCGGCUGUGCUGCACAACCUGCGGGUCAGAUUUGUGGACUCUAAAAUCAUCUACACAUACUGUGGCAUUAUCCUAGUGGCAGUAAACCCAUAUAAACAGCUCCCCAUUUAUGGAGAUGCAGUCAUCCGCGCUUAUUCUGGCCAGAACAUGGGAGAUCUGGACCCUCAUAUAUUUGCUGUGGCAGAAGAAGCUUAUAAACAGAUGGCAAGGAACAACAAGAAUCAGUCCAUCAUAGUCAGUGGGGAGUCUGGAGCAGGGAAGACUGUGUCUGCUCGCUACGCUAUGAGAUACUUUGCAAUGGUCAGCAAAUCUAGCAGCAACACUCGGGUGGAGGACAAGGUUUUGGCAUCGAACCCCAUCACUGAAGCAAUAGGUAAUGCAAAGACCACCAGGAAUGACAACAGCAGCCGAUUUGGGAAAUACACUGAAAUCAGCUUUGACCAGAGGUACCAGAUCAUCGGUGCUAACAUGAGGACGUACCUUCUAGAAAAGUCUAGGGUUGUUUUUCAGUCAGAGAAUGAAAGAAACUAUCACAUCUUCUAUCAGAUGUGUGCUUGUGCAGACCAACCACAGUUUAAGAGCUUGAGACUGUUGAGUGCAGACAAGUUUAACUACACCUGCAUGGGAGGGGAGACGAAGAUCCAAGGCGUGGAUGAUCGCGCUGACAUGGCUGAAACCUGCCGCACUUUCACUCUACUGGGACUAAAGAAUGACUUUCAGAGUGAUGUGUUCAAGAUGUUGGCAGGGAUUAUGCACUUGGGCAAUGUGGUGAUCAAAGCAGUCGGCUCAGACCAGUCAUCCAUCAGUUCUACUGACUCUCACCUGGCUGUGUUCUGUGAUCUGCUUGAAGUCAGAGGAGAAGAUAUGUGUCGCUGGUUAUGUCAUAGGCGUAUUGUUCUGGCAUCUGAGACUGUGAUCAAACCGCAGCCAAGGGAACGUGCCAUAAAUGCCCGUGAUGCACUGGCCAAGCAUCUUUACGCUUAUCUCUUUGACUGUAUCAUCCACAGGAUUAACCAGGCCCUGCGUUUUCCUGGAAAACAACACUCUUUUAUUGGAGUGCUGGAUAUCUAUGGAUUUGAAACCUUUGAUGUGAAUAGCUUCGAGCAGUUUUGCAUCAACUAUGCCAAUGAGAAACUACAACAACAGUUCAACUUGCACGUGUUUAAACUAGAGCAAGAGGAGUACAUGAAGGAGGACAUCCCCUGGACCCUGAUUGACUUCUAUGACAACCAACCAGUCAUUGAUCUUAUUGAAGCCAAAAUGGGCAUUCUGGACUUGCUGGAUGAGGAGUGUCUGUUUCCUCAGGGUACUGAUAACAACUGGCUGCAAAAGCUUUAUAAUUAUCUGAGCUCAAAGCCUAUGUUUGAGAAACCUCGUCUAUCCAGUGAGGCGUUUGUGAUCCAUCACUUUGCAGACCGGGUAGAAUAUCAGUGUAAAGGUUUCUUGGAGAAGAAUAGAGAUACCCUCUAUGAAGUGCUGGUGGACAUAAUGAGAGCCAGCAAGUUUCCUCUCUUGGCAGAUUUCUUUAAAGAAGAGGAUCAAAAUUCUGUGCAUACAGUGAAGGGUGUCAAAGUGAAAGCAGCACGACCUGGAGUCAAACCGGCCAAUAAGCAACUUAGAACCACUGUAGGAGAUAAGUUUCGGAGUUCAUUGUAUCUGUUAAUGGAAACUCUUAAUGCCACUACACCACAUUAUGUCCGCUGCAUUAAGCCUAAUGAGGAGAAGCUGCCAUUUGAAUAUGACUCAAAGCGUGUGGUGCAGCAGCUGCGGGCUUGUGGAGUACUAGAGACUGUUCGAAUUAGUGCUCAGAGCUACCCAUCUAGGUGGACCUACAUUGAGUUCUACAGCCGUUACAGUAUUCUGAUGAGCCAGGCAGAGCUCAGAUUGGGGGAGAAGAAGCAAACAUGUAGAAUAGUGUUGCAGAGGCUCAUCCCUGACUCUAAUCAGUAUAAGUUUGGACGGACCAAAAUCUUCUUCCGGGCAGGACAAGUGGCGUAUCUGGAGAAGCUGCGUUUGGAUUAUCUGCGCACUGCAUGUGUGACCAUCCAGAAGCAUGUGAGGGGCUGGACUCAGAGACGCAGGUAUCUGCGCAUGAGACAAGCCGCCAUCAUCAUCCAGCAGUACAUCCGUGGCAAGAGGCAGAUCAGGCGCAUGGUUACAGCAGCAGCUAUAAAGCAGGCCUGGGCAGCUGUGGUCAUCCAGAGGCACUGUCGUGGUUAUCUUGUACGCCGACUUUACCAGCUUGUACUGGUGGCUACAGUCACUAUACAGGCAUAUACCAGGGGAUGGAUUGCCCGCAAGUGCUACAAAAAGAUGGUGGAGGAGCAUAAAGCUAUGGUUCUACAGAAGUAUGCUCGGGCCUGGCUGGUGCGUCGCCGCUUCCAGACCAUGCGCCGACUCGUCUUAAACGUGCAGCUCUCUUACAGAGUCCAGCAGCUGCGCAAGAAACUGGAGGAACAGAAUAAAGAGAACCGUGGUCUGAUGGAGAGACUGACCAGUCUGGCCAACGCUCAUGCUCAGGGAUUGGACAGAGUGCAGUCCCUGGAGUUGGAGCUGAGCAAAGCAGCCAAUGAGAGGCUAUCAGUGGAAGAGAGAGAGAAGAAGAGUAAGGAGGAAACCAAUCAGGUGAUUGUUCAGCUUCAGGAUGAAAGGGAUAAAGUCAAGCUGGAGAAUCAGGCUCUCCAGAUGAAACUCAAAGAUUCCAUACAACAAAUGAGAGACAAUUUUGAAGAACUGAAGAAAAAGCUCAUAGAGGACCUAGAGAGAGAAGAGAGGCUGCGAAAAGUCGCAGAACACAGCAGUGAGCUGCAGAAGGAGGACUUGGAUAAAGAGAUUGCAGCACUGAAGGAGGAGAAUCGCAGGCUGAGGGAAAACAAGAUCCAACUACAGGCUCAGGCUGAGGAGAACACACAGAUCAACAAAGAGCUCCAGGAGCAGCUUGGUCAGCUCACCAAACAUGUCAAGGUGAUACCAGAGUUACAUAAGGAGAUUAACAGCCUCCAAAAUGAAAAAAUUGAAGCAGACAGAAAGUUGAGGGAACAAACUGAGCAGACCAGAGCAAAAAUGAAUAUGAUUACUAGACAGCUUCUGGGUGAGACAAAAGAAGAGGAGAUCAUUCUCAGGUUGAAAAAAGAAGCUACAGAAGCUGCUGCUGAUGAGGGAGAUGUGCUGUUUGCAUUUAAUGGGCUGCAAAACGCCACCAGGCUGGUGGAGACUCAUUUACGGGAGCAAAGGGAAGGUUACGAAAGUAAGCUGGAGGCACUGGUUUUCAAAAAUGAUCACCUGAGUAGAGAGAACCAGAAGCUACAAGCCCUGUUUCAGGAGAAGAGCGAUGUCAAUCACAGCAUUGGACAGGAGGUGGCCCGGCUCACUGCUGAAAACAUGGUGAUCCCCGAACUGAAGCAACAGGUAACAGAGUUACAGCGUCACAAACAGGAGCUGGAAACACAGCUAGAGGAACAACGCACUGAGAUGACUGAAAAUUAUAUAAGGGUAUCCAAUGAGCUUCAGCGUAAGCUUGAAGAGGAAAGCUCACAAAGAAGGCUUUUGGAGGAGAGGUACAGAGAAAGUGAGAGAGAAAGGGAGGAGAUGGAGAAGAGGCUGGAGGAGCUAGAGGAGAAGAUAGAGCACCUUAAGAGACUACAGCAAACAGAUAAUGAAGCCAAGAACAAACUCAGACAGGAGACCUCACGCCUUACAGCCGAGAACAUGGACUUUGAAGAGCAAUUAGAUACGAAAGACAGAACCAUAAAGAGGCUGCAGGACCAAAUCAAAGCUCUUCAGGCACCAGUGAAAGUCAGCGAGAAAGCUGGACCAACUGUUCCAAAAGAAUACCUUGGCAUGCUGGAGUAUAAGAAAGAGGAUGAAGGCAGGCUUGUGCGGACAUUAAUACUUGAGCUGAAGCCGAGGGGAGUGGUGGUGAAUAUGAUCCCCGGGUUGGCGGCCCAUCUGCUCUUCAUGUGCAUUCGGCAUGCUGACUAUCUCAAUGAUGGAGAAAAGCUAAAGUCCCUCAUGCAUGCCAUCAUCACUGGAAUCAAACAGGUCACCACGGACCAUCAGGAAAACUUUGAGAUUUUGUCCUUCUGGCUCUCCAACACAUACUACCUGCUUAACUGCCUCAAACAGUACAGUGGAGAAGAAGAGUUCAUCAAGCACAAUACACCUCGGCAGAAUAAGAACUGCCUGCAGAACUUUGACCUGUCAGAUCACAGACAGGUCUUCAGCGAUCUUGCCAUUCACAUCCAUCACCAGUUUAUCAAUGUGAUGGAGGAUGCCCUGUUCCCUAUGAUUGUCCCUGGGAUGCUGGAGCAUGAGAGCCUGCAGGGCAUCUCAAGCAUGAAACCCACAGGUUUCCGUAAGCGCUCCAACAGCAUGCUGGGAGAUGGACUCAGAGAGGGCGAGGGCCAGAGCUUCAGCAUCUCCUCCAUCUUACAGCUGCUGAGUGACUUCCACAGCUGCAUGGCACAGCAAGGCAUGGAUCAGCAGCUGCAGGGUCAGGCCCUCCGCCAGCUCUUCUACCUGAUUGGAGCCACCUCACUUAACAGCAUCCUCCUCCGCAAGGACCUCUGCUCCUGCCGCAAGGGCAUGCAGAUCAGGUGUAAUAUCAGUUACUUGGAAGAGUGGCUGAGGGAUAAAGGCCUUCAGGGUUACAAUGUUAUGGAGACUCUGGGGCCGCUGUCCCAGGCUGCCUGGCUCCUGCAGGUGAACAAAACCACCGACGAUGAUGCAGCUGAGAUCCAGCAGAGAUGCCACGAGCUCUCACCAGUCCAGAUUGUGAAGAUCCUCAACUCGUACACUCCGAUUGAUGACUUUGAAAAGCGAGUUGCGCCGUCUUUUGUGCGGAAAGUUCAGGCACUGCUACAGGAUCGUGAGGGCUCGACUCAAUUGAUGAUGGAUGCACAGUAUCGCUUCCAGGUUACUUUCCCUUUCUGUCCAUCCACACAAGCUCUGGAGCUCCUGCAGGUGCCCAACAGCCUUCACCUGAGCUUUGUCACCCGCAUAUGAGCCCUGACCCGGACCUUGGACUGACUCUUCAGCAUUGACCUUCCUUAGCUAUUAACAUGCUUUUUAUGAACUAAUCACUAUUUUUGAUUCACGCAUGAAAAUGUUGGUUAUUCAUCAUGUUAUUUUAGACUCAGUGCCACAUAACAUAAAAUGUUAUACGUGAUUUCUUUUUGCUGACUCUUUGAAGUAUGUUUGUGUUUUAUAAAAGAAAAAAAAAGUAUUUCUAUGGAACAUUUCCAGCAGCAAAUUGCUCAUAAAUGAACAAAAUGUAUACUAUAUUGGCAAAAGUAUGUGGACACCUGACCAUCACACCCAUAUUUGCUUUAUGCACAUCCCAUUCCAGAUUUAGUCCUCUCUUUACUGUUAUAUUAACCUCCACUCUUCUGGGAAGGCUUUCCACUAGAUUUUGGAGUGUAGCUGUGGAGGUUUUGUGCUCAUUCAGCCACAAGAGCAUUAGUGAGGUCAGGUCACUUGAGUUCUUCCAAUCCAACCUUGGCAAACCAUGUCUUCAUGGAGCUCACUUUGCGCACAGGGGCAUUGUCAUGCUGGAACAGGUUUGGGCUCUUAGUUCCAGUGAAGGGAAAUUGUAAUGCUACAGUGUCCGCAUACUUUUGGCCAUAUAGUGUAUUAUGUAUGAUGUAUUAUGUAUUCACUUGAAACAUUUUGAACCACAUGAAUGUGUUAUACACUUAGACACUAAGUAUAUUACUGUAUUUAUAAACCAGUGUAAACAUUUUGGCUAAUAAAAUAACUUGCCCAGUGUAUGGAAUAAAUGGGUUGUUACCUC